UUUUGGCGUGGCGAUGUGACGUCAUAGACUCGCGCUCCUGCGUCUGUUGUGAUUCUGCUGGAGAAAGGACAAACACACAGAAAAACUCCUGGUGAAGCGACUGAGAUCCACGUCACACUAUUAUAAAGAUGGCGGCUAUUAAAGUGGAGAAUGAAGACAUGAAGAUUAAAGAAACAUUUAGAGUGAAACAUGAAGAAACUGAGGAACAAACAAAUAUGGUGUUUAUGAAAGAGGAGAAUGAAGACAUGAAGAUUGAAGAAGCUUUCGGAGUGAAACAAGAAGAUACAGAGGAACAAACAGACCUGAUGGCGCUGAAAGAAGAGAGUCAAGAACUGAAUGAAAUACAAAAUCAACACGACAAUCAUCAUGAUUUCGCAACUGGAGAAAAAUCUUUAAAUUCCUCAAAGACUGAAGAGACAACAACUACAAGUAAUUUCACCUGCUUUCAGUAUGGAAAUAGUUUUGAUCAACAAGAAAAUCUUGCAGUUCACAUGAGAACUCACACUGGAGAGAAGGCUUACACCUGCCAACAGUGUGGAAAGGGUUUCGCUCAAAAAGGAAACCUUAAAGCCCACAUGAGAGUUCACACUGGAGAGAAGCCUUUCACCUGCCCUCAAUGUGGAAAGGGUUUCGCUCAAAAGGGAAGCCUUAAAUACCACAUGGGAACUCACACUGGAAAGAAGCCUUUCAGUUGCCGUCAAUGUGAACAGAGUUUUUUACGUAAGACAGCCCUUAAUGCACACAUACAAACUCACACUGAAGAUUACACCUGCCAACAGUGUGGAAUAAGUUUCAGUCGAAAAGGAAACUUUAAAGUUCACAUGAAAUCUUACACUAGAGAGAAGCCUAACACCUGCAAACUGUGUAGAAAGUUUUUCACUCAAACAAAAGAAGCAUUACACGCCACAUGAGCAUUCAAACUGGAGAGAAGCCUUACACUUGUCCUCAAUGUGGAAAUAGUU